UCGAAUCGAUGACAUUAUCGUAAACGUGUGUUUACACUUGGAUGUCAAUAGCCUGUUAGAAAUAAGCAUUCAACACGGCUGGGUACCAAUACCUGCAGCCAUUGUCUCCGUUGGUUCCUGGUUCGAAUCCGCUUCGUACGCGAGGACGUUCGAAAAUCACGCUGCCACAGGCGUGUUCGAGACCGUGGGUGUGAGUGUGUGUGACUGAGUGAGUGCGUGUGAGCGUGGAAGCAUAAAUGCUCAUGUGAAAGCACAGCUGUCGGCCGAACUGAGAAAGUUCAAUAACUUUUUACAUUGCCGGAUCAGCCCCGUAGGGGGAAUGAGAUCAACGUGCCAUCUAGAUCAUCAAGCUCAAAGAUGAGAUCGAAUCCACUGAGAGGUCCGCUUCAGUCGUAAUGAGUUCCAAAGAGCUUUCUUUGAGGAUGGACUCCUGCCAUGACGUCGUAAGCAAUGAGCUCCAUCAGCGCGAUUUCCUGCUCAAUCGAUUGAAACGGAGGGUCGAUGGCUACAGAGCUCACCAUGCGCAGGUUCUCCCGCGGCAUCAAGAGUAUACGGAGAAUCUCAACAGUCUUGGGAGAGAUCAUACCCAGCAACUCCAGCAGCGAUUCCUGGAGUCGAAGUCGAAAAAGUCGAAGAAAGAUAAGGGCUCUGUAGCGGCGAGUCAGCCUCGUACAGUUCACCAUGCUCACGCAGUCACUCAUCAACAGCACCAACAAUCGCUACAGUACAGCCAGGAGAGCAAUGUUCGUCUCGUGGGCGCGGUAUCUCCGAUCUCACAGCAUCCACAACCGCAGCAGAUGCGUCAAGUUCCGCAGGAGGAUCGGCUCACGUCGCCUCUGAAUUCCUCAAACGGCACAGCAUCGAAUUCGGUUGCGGACUCGAGAGACGAGAAGUCGUCGUUCGACGGUCCAAUGAAGAGCAACAACGUACCCUUCGCGCACAUUAAACAAGAAUCGUCCUGCAGAAGCGACGACUGCCGGGAAUACAACCACGGCCACAAUCAGCAAUUCAAGCAAGAACUCCGGAACGCGACAAAUUGUGCGCCGCACUCGGCAGAUUCGCUUUCUGGCUCAUUCAACUUCACGGACGGAUCCCUCAAUCCCGAUAUGUUGAGGGAUCUAAUCGCUGAUGUUGCGAAGAACGCCAAUGAUCUCAUGGCUGAAUUCACCUUCGACGAAGUCAAGUCCAGUCCGAAUCGUCAGGACGCCAUGACAUCUUCGGAGCAAAUGAAACUCCAUCAUCAGCAACAGAAGCAACAGAUGCCGCCGCAGCAGCAUCCCCAAGGGUCUCUACCACCCCUGACGAAACGUGGCCGGUGUACUGAAUCACCGAAUCAGAGCCACCAGCAGAAGCCGAACGUCAUCCCCUCACCUUCCCCUACGGUAUCUUCAUCCUCUGUGCCUUCGGUCCCCACUCCUCCGCCGUACACAAUGAUACGAAGUCCGUUAAGUACCAUGGCGAACCAGACGUCGAAUCCCAAUGCCGCGAUGAUGUCGUCCGAGAACCCGCGACCGAGUCCUAAUACACUGGUCGGAGUCACGGCUAUACCCGUAGCGACGAGCUCACAGCAAACGCCAUCGAGUCAAGCUCAACACGCUGUCUCGCAAUCGAAGCUCGUGAACCCGAACGCUGCUCUCAGGACCAGCCCCAAUCAAAGUCGAUUCGAGAACAAGAACAUAGCUCCCACGAUAGGAUAUUCCCAAAGCCAAGCUCAGCCGGGACAACAAUCAACGUACAUGAAUGCACAAGCGCCGCCGGCGAAUAUGCCACACAACGCCCGGUCCAUGGCGAUCAACGCUCACUUCCAGGAAAUGAACCACAACAAUAGAAUACAGCAGCAGCAGCAACAACAACAACAACAGCAACUCCAAAUGAAUCGCCGAGAUCUGACGAUGACUGCGCAACGCACUCCUGUAUUCGCGCAACAAGCUGGAAUCAUGUGCGCACAACAGCAGCAGCAGCAUCUUGAGCUGACCAAAUCCCAACCCGCGGCCGCCUAUCAGCGACGUUUACCGAGGACGGCACCGGGCCCACACCCGAUAAUGCAACAGCAGCAGCAGCAGCAGCAUCUUCUCCGACACCCACAGCAGUGCAACCAGUUCCGCCCCAUGGGCAGUGAUCCGAAUCAUGCUUACCAAAGUGCGGCCGAGCCGAACUCGAGAGAGCCACCUCCAGGCCUGAGUCAACGGGUGCAACAAAGGCCGAUGUACGCUCAGCAACCCGUGGCAAACCAGUGGCGGUCCUAUCCCGAACACUGUUCUCCUACACCUGGCCAUCCCAUGAUGAACAUGCAACAGAUUCGGAAUGGUGGCGCAGGCGUUACCAACAAUCCGAUGAUGAUCAAUCGUCCCGCUGCGGAAAAUCACGAUCAAGGAGCGCAUGGUGGACAGUUCUUAUCUGGACCGAUGGAACAGAGGAACUUGGGGAACAGCGGUUCUUCGAUCGAUUUCAACAACCUGGAGUUCUUGACCGGAGUGGAAACAACGAAUGAACUGAUGAAUUUUGAUACAGCUUCAAGUGCCCUUAACAUGCUAGAUGAUGUCUUGGGUCACCAGAAUGUUAGCUCUACGUACAAGAAUUAG